AUGCUGAGCAGGAGAGCCUUAGAAAUCUCGGUGCUUUCGAGCUCCGGCGUGGUGGUGGGGUGGUGCCGCCGCCACAGCAGGAGGCGGCGGAAGGGCGGCAUAAUACGUCUCGGUGGCCGGCGGAGGGGUUUCAGCCUGGGGCCUCGCCCGGUGGUGCCCCCCUUCUUUCGGGCCCUGCGCAGAAUCGUGAUUCGGAUGGCAGCCAACGGGAAGCUGGUCGAGGCGUAUUGCUGGGCCCUGCCCUUUUUACGCCCUCAAAUCUUCUUCCCUCUCUGUUAG